UCAAAUAUGUGUGGAAAUGCAUAAAAGUUGUACUUUUAACUCUCCAAAAACAGCAUAAAUUAAAAAAAACUGAAUGACCUUAGAGAGAAACGUGUAAAGUCGUUGCGAUGCCUCACAUGACACAUGGGAUCCAUCGAGCAAGCCAAACUUACAACGUGGUACGGUCGUAAACAGAUUGCCCUCCCCCAAUAAGUGACAAGGAUUUGUUCCAACGACAGACCAGCAGCUCUCAUCACCAUGAAAAUGCACCCGAUCAACCUCAUUUUUAGCCUUGUCGGGAAUGUCGUGGGGCUAGAAUGCUUCGAUUGUGUCGACGGGGUAUCGCCGGCUCUUGACACCGUAGCUUGCGCCGACCUGUUCAAUCGAACCACCACCGACUCCAGGGUCAACAGGCGUCCCUGCCCGGCAGGAUUUGAUGCCUGCGCGAAAGCGAAAGCCAGCGAGGGUAGUCUCACUUUGACAGCGAGAAAGUGUUACAUGCGUUCCCACUGUCCGGUGAACGAGGAGUGCGCCUCAGCCGAUUUUCAAGGUACGCAGGCGACCAUCUGCUGCUGCCGCGAGAAUCUGUGCAACGAAGCCGGGUUCCCAGCUGCGAACGUCAUCAUGUCUGUCACGGUCUUCAUGGCAGUGGCCUUCACCCUGUAGAAUGAGAUGAGAAGCUGAUCCAACAAUCCAGCUCGAUUUGUACUCCUUCAGUUUCAACUGUCGCUUCAGUUGAUGUCAUUCCACUGGGGCGGUGGGCUUGCGAAGCCACGUCUCCGGGCAGGGUUGAUCUGCUGAGAUCUCAGCCGAUAUAAGGGGGCGCUCCUUCGGGACAUGUUCCAUUCACAGACAUAAAUAACCUUAUUGCUGGGGAAAUUGCUUUUGGUCCGGCUUGGGGCUCAUAAUUCAGCUGGAUGUAUUUGCUACAAGCGGAACGAAUCGGCUGUGCGCUCAAUGCUGCCUUACAGAGAAUGUUGCUGUUGAAAACUGUCGAGUGAAACAUAUCGACCGACUCUUUUACGAUUUCCAUCCCGACUAACAGUGUGCUAUAUAUUUAAAAUAUAUCUCCAGAGGCUGUGAAAACUGACAACUUGUGCUGUGGGCGCAAAAAUGAUCGGCAAAGCAAAAGCAAACUGUAAAAAUGUGCAGUUCUUGCCUCAUCAGGGAGUUCGCUCAUUAUUUUUUUAAGUAAAGGGGGGGGGCGGGCGGUGUCUUCACAGUGACCGAAAUAAUACAGCCUGACAUAAGAAGGGUGACAGAAACUUAAAGGGACACGAAUAAAUCAAAGGAGCUCUACUUUUUCUUUGUAUGUUAUUUUUUCCCAGCUAGUUGCGUUAUAAAUUUUAAU